CGCCCCCUCUCGGAACGAAUACAGUCGGGGACGCGGAGGAAGGGUGCUGAGCACCUGUCUGUCCCUCCGCCCCUGUCAUUCAGGCGGAUGGGCUCGAUGAUCCCGGUGGAAACACAGGAGAGCCUGGGCCUGUUGCCGCCCCCGCAACAGGACCCCGAACGUCCCUCCCCACAAGAAGGAAAGACAGUCCAAGGCAGCACCUCGCUAGACGACCGUGAGAACGAGCGGAGACCAGGGGCGACAGUCCUGCACGGGAAACGUGAUGUCAGCCAACAAGACGGCAUGGGCAUGGUCCCCAAGGUCUCUUUUGCCAAGCGCACAGCCAUGAAUGGCCAAGACGGGGUGACCGACGCCCCCCUACAGCUUUCAGGACACGAGGAGAGUACCUGGGAGGACCACGUUAUCGACACCUCCAUGCCUGUCGAGCAUCCGGAGGAAGACGGGGAGGAGGACGUUCUUUUUGACCACGCAGCCACGCACGACACCUCCUUGCCCUUCGCGGUGGACAGAGAGGACACGUUCGACAUCCACGUGAUGCUCGAAGUGGCCGAGGGCAUGUAUCACAACAGAGGGACCGUGGAGGAGAAUAGCACGCAUUGGCUGCUUCAUUCCAUCCUCGAUUAUAACGUGGACCGGUUGGUACCCAUAGUCGAGGCGUAUCAGAUCAGAGUCUCGUAUUUUCAAGACAUGCUGCACCAAAGCGGGGCCAAUUUCGGGAAAGGCAGGACAAAGAUGGUCAUGGACACCAAGUUGGAUUUGCUCUGGCUACAGCGGCGGGUGGCGCUUUCGAAACCCAUUAUUCGACAGCUGAUACGCAUCGCGCCGACGGAGCUUCAGCUUUACUAUCAAGACGUGGACGACCAUUUGGAACGUUGUUUGGAUGGCUUGUCAGGUCUGUCGAAUAUGGCCCAGAGCAUAAUUGACGAGGCUCACAACCAUCGAGAGGAACGGAUCAAUGAGAUUUUGCUGUUCAUCACGAUCAUCACGAGCAUUUUCACCCCGGCUAGCUUCCUGGCCGGAGUCUUCGGGAUGAAUUUUCAAACCAGUCAGGGGGACCCCAGCAUGCCUGAAUUGUCGUGGGAGUAUGGGUACCUGUGGUUUUGGCUUUGGAGUUUUAUUUUGUCUGGUGGUGUCUUGGCUUGUGUGAGAUAUAAAGUCGGGAAUAGGAUUAAAUGGUGUUAAAAUUACUGAUGAUUUGUG